UUAUUUAAUAAACAAUAUUAUUUUAUGAAACUAAAUUCACGAGAGAUUGGAAUUGAGUUUAUGGAGGACUUGGUUAAAACAAAUUGUUUUUUAGAUCGCGGGCCGUUGGAAAUUAUUUGGUCUGAAGGUUUUGAAGUAGGUGCUGUGAUUGGAAAAGGAGCUUAUUCAACAGUUAGAAUAGCAGAGAAGAAUGGUAACCUGAUUGCAAUCAAAAUAAUUUCUAUAAAAGAUAUUUCUAAGAGAUUUAGAGACUAUUUUCUUCCUCGAGAAAUAGAAGUGCUCUCCCAACUAAUACAUCCAAAUAUCAUCGCUAUUCAUAGAAUCAUGUUUUCCAAAAAUCACAUCUACAUAUUCAUGGAGUUUGCUGAAAAAGGAGAUUUACAAGAUUAUAUACAAAGAAAACAAUUUCUUCCUGAUAAGAAAGCAAAAAAGUAUUUUCGAUUUCUUGUCAAGGCUAUGGAUUAUCUCCAUAGUCAAAAUAUUAGUCACAGAGAUUUGAAGUGUGAAAAUUUACUUAUUACCAGUAAUGAUAUUAUCAAAUUAACGGAUUUUGGAUUUUGUCGAAGUGUUACUGAUGAUAAAACCGGAAAAAGAGUAUUAAGCGAAACAUAUUGCGGAAGCCCUGGAUAUUCAGCUCCUGAAGUAUUGCAAGGAAUACCAUAUAAUCCAAUUAUGAGCGAUAAUUGGAGCAUAGGUGUGAUUUUGUACAAUAUGAUUACGGGAAGAUUGCCGUUUCCUGAAAGCCAUCAUCGUAAAAUGGUAAAAUAUCAACUGGAACGACAUUAUAUAUCUCCUUUAGAAAUAAAUACAAAUGCCAAAUUGGAAUGUAAAUUACUGAUCAAUCACUUAUUAGAACCAGAUAUCAUUAAGAGAUUUAACAUUAAACAAGUGAUGAAGGACCCUUGGAUAUGUAAGAAAUCUAGAAAGCCAAAAGAGAAAUAUAGUGAAAGCCCAAUUUAUGACCACAAAAUUCCCCAGUAAUAAAUUAAGAAGCAUGUAUUAAUUCAAAAAGUAUCGAUUUAUUACUUAAAGACAUCAUACU